CUUUGGGGGGCUUUAUUUAGCGAUCGUGUCAUUAGCUGCAGCCUGCAGGCGUAAAUUAAUUGCAGGGCUGCUCUUGCUGCUUUUGGUUACUCUCCGGUCCGCCUGGGGAAAUGUUUAUAACUUGCAGUGCGCCUCGUUGUGUUCCCGCCAUCACGGUUCCGUUCUUUGGUGCUCUUGUCCCAGCCAUCCGCUCUCCACCUCUCCUGCCUCUGCCAACACCGCAAAGAGACGACCUGCAGUGAAAUCAUUCAACAGAGAGAUUCACAGCAACGAUGGCCAUCAUCAAGGCGGCCGACGGCACGGCCGACCCAGUCCUGACCAACUUGGUCGCUCAGGACAAGGUGCGGUUCUGGAUGAAGCCCAAUCUGCGCCGAAUGUACAUUUUCCUGUUCUUGUGCUGCAUGGGGGUUGAGAUGACGUCUGGUUUCGACUCGCAGCUCAUCAACACCAUGUUGUUUACCGAGCCAUAUCUUUUGUACUUUGGCAAUGGCUGGAGAAACAAAGACGGCAAGCUCGGAAUUGAGCCCAACCUCCUCGGCAUCAUGAACGCAUCUUACAACCUGGGUUCGAUUCUCGGUGUGCCCCUCGCUCCUUGGUUCAGCCACAAGUUCGGACGACGGUGGUCCAUCAUGGCCGGUUCCAUCAUCAUGAUCGUCGGCGCCGUCAUCCAGGCCUUUGCUCAGCACGCCGCCAUGUACAUCAUUGCGCGCAUCAUCCUGGGUAUCGGCAUCGUGUUUGCCAUCAUCGCCGGUGCUGCCAUGAUCGGCGAGCUGGCGUAUCCCAAGGAGCGUGCCAUGCUGACGUCGCUGUUCAACGCGUCUUGGUUCAUUGGUGCCAUUGUUGCUUCGGCCGUCGCCAUCGAGACGGUCAACAUCAAGGGAGACUGGGCGUGGCGUCUGCCCAGUCUGCUCCAGAUCUGCCCGUCGCUGCUUCAGAUCUGCACCGUCUUCUUCCUGCCCGAGUCUCCCCGCUACCUCAUCAGCCAGGACCGCGACGACGAGGCCUUUGAGAUCCUGACCAAGUACCACGCCGAGGGCGACGCCAGCUCGCCCAUCGUCCAGGCCGAGAUGGCGCAGAUCCGCACCACCAUCAAGCUCGAGAUGGAGAACUCCAAGCAGACCUGGGCCGACGUGCUCAAGACGGCCGGCAUGCGUCGCCGCUUCUUCAUCACCAUCUUCAUCGGCCUCUUCACGCAAAUGUCGGGCAACACGCUGCUGUCCUACUACUCGUCGCUGCUCUACGACCUGAUGGGCUACACCGAGACGUCGCUCAAGACCCGCCUCAACAUGGCCGACAAGUGCUGGGGUCUCAUCAACGCCGUGGCCCUCGCCCUGAUCGUGGUCCGCUUCCCGCGUCGCCGCAUGUACAUGCUCUCGGCCGCCAGCAUGCUGUGCGUCUUCGUCGCCAUGACCGUUUGCUUCUACUACCUGCGCCAGGCCACCAACGACGGCGUCAGGAACUAUCCCGCCGGCGCCGCCGCCCUCUUCUUCAUGUAUGCCUACGGGCCCUGCUACAACAUGGGCAACAACGCCUUGACCUACACCUACCUGGUCGAGCUGUGGCCCUAUGCCCAGCGUUCCCGUGGCAUCGGUGUCCAGCAGAUCUUUGGCAAGGCCGGUGGUUUCUUCUCCACCUACGUCAACCCCAUCGCCAUCAACGCCCUCGACUGGCGCUACUUUGCCAUCUACUGCGGCUGGAUCGGCUUCGAGUUCAUCUUCAUCUACCUGAUGUACCCCGAGACCUACGGCCGCACGCUGGAGGAGUUGACUUUCCUGUUCGAGGGCAAGGAGUACACCGACCAGGCCAACGCCGCCGUCCAGAAGCAGCUCGAGUCGGAUGUUACUGCUUUGCCGCGGGAGAAGGUUUGAGCUGUGGUUUUUAUUUGGAGGUUCAAGGGGCGGGUGCCAAGAUGUGUUGGCACACCGAUGCUAGAUCUAAAACUAGUAUUUGGAUUGUAGGGCAGCUUGGAUCACGAUGCUCUCAUCUUGGCCUAAUUCAACAAGAGUACAUUGUAAA